AUGCUUCGUCCUAGGACUCUCGUCUUCGGAACCCUGGUUUUCGCGACCCUGGUAGUUUUCUGGACUGCACUACAUCUCAACUCCCUCGACACCAUACGGCAAGCCGCGAUACAAGAUCCACUCACCGCGAAUAUCCAAGAAUCGCGUCUUCACCUGCUCAUUGUAGCUACGAGUAGUGGCCUCGACUUGUGCCGCCUUCUUCUCUCCGCGUCGGUGCUCUUGUACCCACCUCCUGUUCUCAUCGACUGGGCAGGAGCGGGCGCAUUCAACGCUGCAGAAACUCACCUUGCGAAAAUCGCGGGUCCUCUUCGCUACCUCGAGAGUCUGUCCCCCGCACAAGAUACAGACAUAGUCUUACUGGUGGAUGGCUUCGAUGUUACGUUCCAGCUCGGUCCGGAUGUCUUGCUAAAGCGUUACUUCGAAGAGACGGCUGCCGCCAAUGAUCGGCUGAUCAACCGGUACGGCAAAAGCCAUGUGCGGAAACACAACAUUUACAACAGCAUCUUUUUCGGCCCUGACAAAGUAUGCUGGCCAGAAGAUGUUCUUCGCUUAGCGUGCUGGGUCGUCCCUGACUCACCUCUUCACCCCGACGCUUUUGGCCCUUACACUGAUGGAUGGGGUGAUAUGAAUCACGCAAGACCGCGCUGGCUGAACUCAGGCACCAUCAUCGGGCCCGCUGGCGAAAUGCGCGAGAUGUUUCGUGCAACUCAAGAAAAGAUCAAGCAGACGUACAAUCCCGAAGACGUGCUGCGCAACUCCGAUCAGAAGUACUUUGCAGACGUAUGGGGUGAUCAAGAGUAUGCGCGCAUACUAUCGCAUGGAGAUAAGCCCUACGGGAUGCCCGAAGGAGUUCAAGAAAUUGACCUACCAACGCUCAAGGAAGGCGAAGUGACUGAAUAUCACAUUGGGCUGGACUAUCGAUCGAGCCUAUUCCAAACAGCUGCGGGGUAUAGGAACUACAUUGCUUGGACGGCGACGAACCGAUCCUCGCUUCCUUCAUCAUCGAAAUCCGUGGAGCCGUACAGGAUUGAUCUACAGGAGGACGUGCUGCAGUCAAGGAAGCCAUUUGCUGCUAUAUCAGAUGAUCCGGCCUUGAAGAAAACUUCGUGGCGAGAUGUGUCUCUGGGUUUCAACACAGUUACUGGCCAGCCUUUCCCAGUGCUCCACUUCACAGGCGACAAGUCAUUUCGAGACACUUGGUGGCCCCGCAUGUGGUACUCUGGAGAGGCUGAGCGCCUUCAACGCGCGGCAUCUCAAGUAAACGACGAGAAGAUUGGGUCAGAUCCUAUCAAUGGAGUUCGGUGGACCAAGAACAUGCCGUACGACAGUAAAGUAGGCGAGCCAGAGGAGAAGUCGGGGGCUUGGAGUGACCAGGGGGAAUCGCUCUCGUGGAAAUCUCUUUGCGAGUCGCAUGAACCUGCGUUCGACCGCCAUCUUGUUCCCACUGCUUUCUCGUCGAGCAGCAAGAACAAGGCGAAACGCUCCUCUAUCCUCCACGUCCUCAUCCCGGCGGACCACAAAGAUGUCAAUCUUUGCAAGACGAUGCUCAGCGCUGCAGUGGCUGGGUACCCAACCCCUACGCUGAUCAACUGGGGCGCCACAUUUGACGAUAAAUCGCUAGUGGCUGGAGGUUCGCAUAUCGCCAAGAUCAGUGGUGUGCUCGAAUACCUGCGUAAACUUGGACCGGAACGCGACGACGACUUGGUAUUGCUGGUGGAUGGAUACGACAUCUGGUUUCAACUACGACCCAGCGUGUUAAUCUCGCGCUUCCACGCUAUCAACGACGCGGCGAAUGCGCGAAUACGGAAGACCAUGGGAUCGAGAGCCGCGGCUGCAGAGGGGAUAAGUCAGGACAUUGUCUUCUCCGCGCAGAAGCGGUGUUGGCCUUGGAAACCAGAGGACCCCCCUUGCUAUGCUGUACCGCAAUCUUCAUUGCCUGGCGACAUCUACGGUCCGCAGACAGAUACCGAUAUCGGCUGGGACAAGAAUCCAUACGUCAAGUUCAGACAACGGUACCUGAACUCCGGAGAUGCCAUGGGUCGCGUGGGCACAAUGAAAGCGCUCUUCGAACGCGCUAUGGAGAAGGCAGACAAGGACCGAAACUUUGGCAGCGACCAGAAGAUCUUCAGUGAGAUUUUCGGCGACCAAGAAUUUCAACGCGAGGUCAUGAGACAACGGCACAGGUCUUUCUUCCAAAAGACGGGGGAUUGGUUGACGGGGAGAAAGAGCAUCCUCAGCCCGCAGUCUGAGCGGCAUUUGCGCGAGCACAAGGCUGGCAAGCCAGAUGAGUUCGGCAUCGGACUGGAUUAUGCCAGUCUACUUGGUCAUCCCACAGUCUUCGCAGAAGAAGACUCAGCAUGGGUUACACAUGGCGACCCCAAGUCCAUUGCGCAAGCGUCUGCUGAACUCAACGUCGCGCCAGUACGCGUUCACGACCUUGUCCAAGACAUUACCGAGUCGCAACCGCCAUUCCGCCCCGCAGUCGUCGCUCCGGGUGCCAAAUUCCCCGAUGAGAAGUCUUGGAACGAUGUUCCUCUCUACACGAACAUGUGGACGAGCGUCGUCCCUGGCCUGAUCCACCACAACGCGCAUCGAGAUGGGCUCAAGUCCCUCCGCGUUUCGGUCUGGGAUCGCAUGUGGUACUUUAAUCACACUAGGAAGUUGUACGAGUCGAAUGCCAUGGGACCGGUCGCGCCCGUUGCUGUAGUACAUGAUGAUGCGGGCGUGGAGCAGGCGUGGUGGAGCCCAAUCGCGGAGAAGGGCGGGGCAAAGUCGGACAAGGAUGAAUGGCUGCCAUUCAAUGAUUUGUGCAAGGACUUUGAGAAAGAGGUGUUUAGAGAUGUUUAG